AUGUCUUGGACGACUGCCUUGUGUCUUUUGAGCGUUGUUGUAUACGCCGCCACGGCCUCGCUCGUAUGCCGGCGACAAGAAAGCGGCAUUGUCGGUGUAUGCGUCUUCCUAAGAAGAGCAUUUCAUUCGUCCGCUGUGCUUAAUCGAUGGUUGUACAUUGACGGAGGAGAGUUCUCCUACUAUGAUGGCGAGGGCAUCGCUUACCAGUAUUCGACCUCGCUGGUAUCGAUUGAUCUCACCAAGGACUGGACCAAUACUUCGGUCAGUUUACACUCAAUCCCGAAGCCUCCUGGCACCCCAAACCUCAGGCAUGGCGGCAUCUGGGUCGACCGCGCAAGAGGCGUCCUCUACACCGGGUUUUCGGGCACUCAUUCGCAUUUCGGAGACGGAGCCCCUUCUCCGCAGGGACUCUGGUCAUUUACGCCGGACCGGUCAGGUAAACCCUCAGGCUCCUGGAAGAAUCUCAAUGAGAGCGCGCAUGACAGUUUCACAAGGCAGCCAAGGCCUUUCAGGGGACAAGUGGCGAGUGGUGAUGGCUUUGGUUUUCUCCUUGCCGGUUUUGUGGGCGACGGGGUCUGUACCCAGACUCAUAUCAGCAGCCUGGCCGCAUAUGAUCUGUCCUCUAAGGGGCUGAGGAACUUCAGCGAUGCUCGAGCCCUUGCCCCGGGAUGGGAACAGUAUGGCGGCACUACUUUCGUUCCAAACUGGGGCAGACACGGGAUAUUGAUUAGUGUGGGCGGAUAUCAUGGCGGAGGCGCCGAGAACAUGGUCUCAUUUCAAACCGUCCUUAUCUACGAUAUCGAUAGCCAGCGGUGGUUUGAGCAAGAGACAUCGGGCGAUAUUCCCCGGCCGCGAAAGGAGUUCUGCAUUGCCGGCGGGGUAUCAAACAAGCGCACGCACGAUAUCCUGGUGUACGGUGGCUGGGAUGGCCGGGCCGGGCCGGAUGCGGUUCCCUAUGAUAGCGCCUUCGUGCUGACGCUCCCCGGAUUCCAUUGGGUCAGGGCGGACUAUCCACCGAGACAUCCGCGGCAUGGCCACAGCUGUAACGGGGUCGGGGGAGGCCAGAUCUUGAUCGUCGGCGGUGUGGACUCUGCGCACUUGGAUCCCGCAAAGGAGGUCUACAGGAGCGUAUUCGAUACCCCAGAUCCGUUUACUAAGGGCCUUGCAAUAUUCGAUUUGAGCAAGCUGGCCUGGAGUCCGUCCUACUCGGCAAACCGGGGCUUGCAGAAGCCCGCGCCUCAGAUUCAGGCGUACUAUGACGCACAUGGGAGAGUCCCUGCCAGUGGCUUUAGCUCUCGCGACCUCGAGCGGCUCUUUGCUGUAGACGACUUCCGAAAAUGGGACGAGAGCACGCUCACAUCAGGGGCCAGCCACCGGGGCAGCCAUAGCGUUGGCGCCAUCAUCGGGCCCCUGGUAGGUGUCGCAGUCGUGGUGGCUCUAGCGAUUGUGGCUGGGUGCUGGCGUCACCGGCCCGACUCCGGAGGAUGUAGGGGCCGUGUUAUCUGCCAUGAGCUGCUCCGCAGGUUGGGGCGAGCCGUUUCCCGUGCGCGGUCGCGUAGAUUUCUGCGUGUCAUCUACGAGGAGCGGCUACAUGGGUUGGAGCGUGAGUCGCAAAAUCGGACACCGCAAGCUUCGGGUGGACCUGAAGGCAUUGAACUGGGCGAGACUGAUCGACGCCGCGUCCGGUUUGCGCCAGAGGUGUGA